AUGAAUCGCUUGAAGCAACUGGCCGGGCCUGCUCCGGCAAGACUGUCUCGCGCCGAGGCUGUCGCACCUCCGAGAGCCAAGCCAGAUCAACAUCUGUUUGCCGAUCUGUGGCCAAGGCACAGACUGCCAUGCUGGAAGCGACGGGGGUGUCAAGGGUUGUGUCGCCCGCGACGCUUACAUCAGGAUGUUGUGGGCACGGGGAAGAUCAUCACCAGAAAUGCAGCUCAAGAUCUAGGCAUCCCCCUGGCUCAAGUCGAGUCGGGGCUGAUGCGAAACUAUGUAGAACGGCGGAUGUGGCUGGGAGAGCAGCGACAGCUCACCCACAUGGCCCAGUUCCGCGCGGUUGGCAGAUGA